AUGAGGGCUAGCCCUCCCGCGCUAUUCCUGAUGCGAGAGCAAAACGUUCCGACUACCAUGCAACUUCUCAGACUCAACUGCGCAAUGGAACAACAAGAGAUCGUGGAGUCUCCGCGCAAGCGGCAGAAGACUGAUACCAUCGCCGCGACCGAUGGCGCAGAAGUGUCGCCUCAGAGUAAUGCUGCAGGUCAGGAUGCUCAGGCAAUGAAGGAACUUGAUGUCGGAAUCUUGGAGCUCGUGACAGCUGACAGCGAGGGUUUCUAUGGUACUUUGAAGAAGAGAUAUACCGACUUUUUGGUCAAUGAGAUCCUACCCUCCGGCGAAGUCCUUCACCUCCGAACCCCUCCAACGAACGAGUCGAAGGAUCAGCAAGCUCAAGUCCAAGAAGAAGAGAUCCCCGCCUUGACGGAGCCUGUCGAGGAGGCCGCGCCUGCCGAGCUUAAGAUUUCGGAGGAGGACAACGCGUUACUGGUGGAAUACUUUGGAGCGGAGAAUGUCUCCGCUAUCGUGACGCUGCACAAAAAGGCCAUGUCCUCGCCCAAGCUUAAACCGGGUGAGCUUCCCAAGGUCACCGUGGCCGUUUCCGAUCGGGACUUGCGCACCAAGAUCCACCAAGGAAUCCGUCGCAUCUUCAAUUCGCAACUCGAGUCGAGCACCGAUGGCGAAGGCUUCCUGGCCGUGUCUGCAGCUCCCAAUCGCUUCAAGCGCAACGCCCAAGGUCACCGCGGGGGUGGAAAGGGCGGGAACCGUGUGAACUGGGAUGAACUGGGUGGUCCGUAUCUGCAUUUCACAAUCUACAAGGAGAACAAGGACACCAUGGAGGUCUUGUCGUUCAUUGCCCGGACAUUGAAGAUGAACCCCAAGAGCUUCCAGUUUGCUGGAACCAAGGACAGACGAGGCGCGACCGCUCAGCGCGCGUGUGUGCUCCGCGUCCAGGCAGAGCGAUUGGCGGGUCUGAACAAAACUCUACGCAACGCCGUCCUCGGCGACUUUGAGUACCGUAAAGAGGGACUUGACCUGGGGGACCUCUACGGAAAUGAGUUUGUCAUUACUCUUCGCGAUUGCGAAAUCCCCGGCUUGAACAAAGCGAACCCGCAGGCGGCUGUUGCCCAGGCGAGCGAGCUUGUGGGGACCUCUUUGAAGAACCUUCACCAGCGAGGAUAUUUCAAUUAUUAUGGCCUCCAGCGCUUUGGAACGUUUUCGACUCGUACAGACACCAUUGGUGUCAAGAUCCUGCAGGACGACUUCAAGGGAGCAGUAGACGGCAUCCUACACUACCCACCUCACGUUCUCGCGGCGGCCUUGGAGGGCGAAACUUCGACGGCCCUGAUCAGCACCGAUGACAAGAACCGUGCUGAAGCCAUCCAUAUCUUCCAGACUACUAGCAAUGUUAACGAGGCGCUGAACAAGCUUCCCCGCAAGUUUUCCGCCGAGUCUAAUGUCAUCCGCCACCUGGGACGUGCCAAAAAUGACUACAUCGGAGCAUUGCAGACGAUCCCGCGCAACCUGCGCCUGAUGUAUGUGCAUGCCUACCAGUCACUUGUGUGGAACUUCGCUGCUAGCGAGCGCUGGCGUCUUUACGGUGACAAGGUUGUUGAAGGGGAUCUGGUCAUUGUUCACGAGCAUCGCGAUAAGGAGGCGAAAAGCGAAGAGGCCGAGCCUGCUAGUACCGUUGAUGCGGACGGUGAGAUCAUCGUCGUGCCCCAGGGCGAGGACAGUGCAUACGCUGCUGAAGACGCCUUCACCCGUGCUCGUGCUUUGACAGCCGAGGAGGUUGCCAGCGGGAAGUACAACAUCUUCGAUGUGGUGCUGCCCCAGCCUGGCUUCGAUGUUCUCUACCCGCCAAAUCAGAUGACCGACUUCUACCGCAACUUCAUGGGUAGCGAGCAGGGUGGCGGUCUUGACCCGCUCAACAUGCGCCGCAAGUGGAAGGACGCCAGCCUCAGUGGAGGUUACCGCAAACUUCUGAGCCGCAUGGGCGCGGACUUCUCCUUUGACGUGAAACUCUACUCUGAAGAUCUUGAGCAAUUCGUGCAAACGGAUCUUGACAGGCUGCAGCCGAGCAGCGAGAGCAUCAAAGAUGCUGGUAGUGCUGUGACUGGUGACAAGCUAGCAGUCAUUCUCAAGUUCCAGCUUGGGUCUAGCCAGUAUGCCACCAUGGCCCUUCGUGAACUGACAAAGGGCAAGGUCAGGGAGUGGAAGCCUGAAAUGACUCGGUAA